CACCAACUCAAAUCAUCAUCAGCUGGCAUUUCUGCUCCACCCAGCUGGUGACUCCGAUGUGUGUCGAGACCAAGGCAGGUUUUCCGAAACCCUCCUCUAAAACCGUUGCUACGAGGAGUUCGUCCUCUUGGACUGAUGCUCUCAUGAAAUGGGGACGACCUGAAGAGAGGGACAUUCUCGCUACCCCCGAUGAUGAUUGUGACGAUGGUGGUGAUGUUGAUCUCACUUACGAUGGGACUAGGCUAUUUGAAUCCAACGCGUCCCAAUUCCCGGUAAUGACUAUGAUCAAAGUUGCCAUACCCGUAAGUCUACCCAAUCCUGCCACCCUGUUUGCGCCUCCAAUCCCUUCCAUACUUUCCCUACGAGACACCCCCCCCCCCAAGAUGAUGAUAUGUACGAGCUCUGGUAACCCGACCCAACCGCUCCUGGCCUCUAUGGCCUCUACACACGAGCCGGUUGGAAAUGACGCUCAAAAGGCACAGACUGAUCCGAGAACCGCCAUCUUUCUUUCAUCCCAAUUCUUUUACUGUUAUCUUCCCCCUUACUAAUAAAUUGGCAAGAAAUUUUUAGCGAUCACGCAACAUUCCACGGGAUACAUGCACGGGGAAUCGUUUUGUUUGCCUACAAGUUGAACUAGUUUGUCGCCUGAUGAAGACCUAACCGGAAAGUAUGCACUCUGCCGGUUAGUUGUCCUUACUCUGGUCUUCCUGUGCGUUGCUGGCCCGUUUGAUGUCUCCUCCAGUGUUUAAAUCUACAUCCUACAGUGAGGCAGUGAGGGAUUAACCGCCGUGACGCCCCAUACCCGAGUACCCCACGGGGACCAUAUCGACUCCAGUUCAUCCUUGUAUGUUGCAUCAUCCCGAUCAGAGGUACCUUCCGUUACUGCGCUCUAUCAGUAGUCACGAUGGAGGUGCUUGCCGGCUUUUACGG